AUGGAUACAAUGGAGGGUUCGGGGACCCCAAAGAUACAUUUGUUUCAUGGUAUCAUUUCUUUGCAGGGUACUGCAAAUCCCAAAAUACUCAACCUAUUCAACUUGAUGAAGCGUUCCGAGUUAUUUUAUGAAGGUGUAAGUCUGUAUGGGCCUUAUUGGGACCAUGUUUUGGGGUAUUGGAAAGCAAGUUUGGAACAUUCAGACAAGUUAAUGUUCUUGAAAUAUGAAGAACCGGUUGAAGAUACUGUUUUGUAUCUUAAGAAAACAGCAAAGUUUAUGGGUUAUCCUUUCUCGCCAGAGGAACAACAACAAGGGGUGCCUGAAAACAUUGUACAGAUGUGCAGUUUCGAGAAUUUAAGUGGCUUGGAAGUAAAUAAAACCGGGAAACAUUGUGAAAGGCAAGGAAAUUUGGGGUUUGAAAAUAACAUUUUCUUUCGAAAAGGGAAGCUUGGAGACUGGAAGAAUCAUUUAACCAUUGAAAUGGCUCAACAUUUAGACCAACGAACAAUGCAAAAGUUGAGCGGUUCAAGUUUAAGUCUAUAA